AUGCCCGAAGUUGACCAUGAUCAAAAACCCGGAUACACAAUUCUGGCAGCAAUGACCACUUUAAAAGUAAUGGGUCUAGAAAAAGAGUUCAGUGAAGGGCGAGAUUGGAUUUUGAACAAUAGUUUUGAAAAUCGUUUGGCAACGACAAAGCAGUACUUAAUAGUUGAUUGGCCAAUAAACGCCUACAUUGGCAGUUUGAUGUCACUCUACGCCUUAACUGGCGAAGCAGUGUAUCGAGAAAAAGCUGUUGCAGUGGAGAAAAUUCUUGAGCCAGCUUUUGACAACCAAACCGGCUUUCUCCAUCUAGAACUUCAUCCUGCCAAUAAAAUUGCAAAAACUAAAAUUUACAACGAUGAGGAAGAUGAAAAUGGAGAAGCCAUCAAUGUAAAAACCGGCAAAUGGUCACAAACAGAAGUUGUUGAUGCAGAACACGGCGUUUUCUUUUUCAAUGACCUAAUUCAGUCUUACAUUAUGCAAUCUGAAAGCGGCAACCCAAACAAUAAAGAAGCGCUAAGGAUUUUUUGUGAUGCCAUUCAGGCUAUGAUUAAUAUUGGAAUGUUUCAAGAUAUUUCCCUUAAGAAAAAUGAAUAUGAUGCUCUUGACACAGCAAAAGAUACUUUCAACAUUACCUUCUUCAGUCGAUACUACCAUAAGGAACGUCGCAUUGAGACAACUUCAAUGACUUCACCAGCCUGCAUCUUUGGUUCAGUUUUAGCGCUGGGCUCUAAAGAACUGGAAAAAGUGCACGGCACCUCAGCUCAGUCUGCCCUUUUCUGGUCUCUGGCCAUCAAGCUGACAGCCACCUGUCGAUUGGCUGCAGUGUCAACGGAAACCGGCCUUCUUCCGCAGAGUUUCAUGCUGACAACGACUUCCACCGGCAGAGAGGUAGUGGCCGGCAAAGAUCCAUUUCAGUCGCGCUACUUUCUCGACUCAAACUACGUUCAAUCGCUUUUUGUUCUAUGGCGACAUACCAAAAGUGAAAUGUACCGGCAGUACGCAUGGGAAUUUGCAAAUGCUAUCCAAAAGCAUUGCCAUGUGCAGGCAAAUGAAAGUGAUGGUGGCAACGGCGGUUACACUGACAUCGAAGACGUCAAUGUAGUGCCCACUCACUACCUCAUUGACUACCAGUCACCGCAAUUCCUCAGCGCCACUUUGAAGUAUCUUUACCUGAUUUUUGAGGAUGACGACGUGUUACCGCUAGACAAAUGGGUUUUCACCGACGCAGGACAGCCGUUGCCCAUUUGUGGUCGCCAUGAGCGGUAUCCAGUGUCUGCUUGCUCUUAA